AUGGGAAAGUGGUUUAAGCAUAAUGGCGGACCAAGGAAUGUUGCAGAAAUUAGCUCACAAACUGUCUUCAUAGAAACUCCGCUGCACAUAUCAGCUUCCUAUGGCCACCAUGAAUUCACAAAAGCCCUCCUUUCUCGUAAACCGGAACUUGCCCUUGAGAGAAACUGUUUACGAAGCACACCUCUCCACUUAGCUUCUGCAGAAGGCCAUACGGACACUGUGAAACAGUUGUUGGAAGCUGGUAAGGAGGCGUGCCUGGUUGGUGACCAAGAAGGCAGAAUCCCUCUGCACUAUGAAGUUAUAAGAGGCAGAAGAGACGUUGCGUUGGAGCUGAUUAGAGCAAAGCCAGAGUCUGUGAGGUUACAUGAUGACAACGGGAAAAAUAUUUUCCGCUUGUGUGUGAUGCCCAAACUUGGAGAGACUUAA